UCUAUAUGAUCUAUCCAAUUCUUUCACACUACAUUACGGUACUAUGUUCUUUAUUCUAUAAUAUAUGUUCUAUACAAACUACAAACUACAAACUACAAACAUACGCAUAUAAGUGUAUAUAGAUAAGUGUGUUAGUAUAAUAUAAAAAACAAAAUAAAGUGGAAAUAAUUGAGGAGAAAUAGGAAAAUGCUUGCCAAAGAAUCGGCUGGUCCGAACUUCGAUCUUCCCGAGGAGGUGCUGGAGGUACUUCCUUCGGAUCCAUUCGAGCAGCUCGAUGUGGCCCGCAAGAUCACCUCCAUUGCCCUCUCCACACGUGUCUCCUCCCUCGAAUCAGAGACGUCCGCCCUUCGCGCCAAGCUCAACGACAAGGAUGCUCUCAUCGCCGACCUCCAAACCCAGAUCGAUUCCCUUGACGCUUCUCUCUCUGACACCUCCGAUAAACUCGCCCGAGCCGACCAGGAAAAGGAGAACUUGUUGAGAGAAAACGCUUCGUUAUCCAACACUGUAAAGAAGCUAACUCGAGAUGUUGCCAAGUUGGAAAGCUUCAGAAAGACACUCAUGCAGUCACUUCAAGAGGAUGUAGAAAGCUCUGCAGGAACACCUCAGGUUGUUAACAAGCAUAUACCAAACACUGCGAGUUUAUCUUCGUCUCCAUUCACUGAAGGUCAUUUAGAAGAUGAUGCUACAUUGCCACCUUCAAGAGCCUCUUCAGUACGGAGCCAGUUCUCGGAAAUAGGAAAUUCACAUGCAGAGGAUUCUGAGACAGAUGCCUCAAGACCUCGCAUAUCACAUGGCCUGCUGUUAGCAUCCCAAGUUAGCACACCUCGGUUUACUCCUCCUGGUUCCCCGCCUAGUCUAUCCGCAUCAGUAUCUCCAACAAGAACGUCGAAGCCAGUGUCCCCUAGGCGACAUUCAAUUUCAUUUUCAACCACAAGAGGCGUAUUUGAUGAUAGGUCUUCGGUAUUUUCUUCUAUGCCCUCAAGCCAGCACAAUUCAAUGUCAGGCUUGGAGACAGGAUCACAAUCUGCGCGAACUCGGGUUGAUGGGAAAGAAUUCUUCCGCCAAGUCAGGAGCCGUUUAUCUUAUGAGCAGUUUGGUGCGUUUCUAGCAAAUGUCAAGGAAUUGAAUUCCCACAAACAAACAAGAGAGGAAACAUUACGGAAGGCAGAUGAUAUUUUUGGUCCAGAUAACAAGGACCUCUAUGCUACAUUUGAGGGCUUAAUCUAUCGUAAUGUCCAUUGAAGGGGUUAAGUAGGGACUGUACUGUAAGUCUGUAACCAAUCAUUUCACCACUCUACAGUUUUCUUUUGUAGCUUCUGUUGUAAAUUAAAUACAAUCUUAGUCUCGAGGCUAUUCUAUUGAAAUCUUUGUUCAUCUUGUAUCAAA